CUCAUCAUCUCCACUAGAAAUUCCAUUUUCAUUUCCACCCAAUCCAACAAAGAAUACAACACCAACCAACCAACCAAGCAAACAUAGAUAGAUAGAUGGCCACACUCAACAUUGCGUUCCCUCUGGUGCACCCUAUCUUCCUCACCCAACGCAACCCAUCACCCCAUUCUAUCACCCUCACCUCAAAAUCACUCCGCAGCACCAGCACCAUCGUUCGCGUUGAUGCCAACGAUUUCUUGGGUGACUUUGGUGCCAGAGACCCUUUCCCAGCUGAGAUUGAGAGCCAGUUCGGAGACAAAGUGCUCGGAAACAACGACACUGAGCACAAAAUCCUCAUCCCCAACAUCGCUGCUCUUUCUCUUUCCCAGCAGAACUGCACUCCCGUUUCCCCUCUUCAGCACCCAAUUUCAGAAGAUGAUGCCUCCAAGCUCCUAAGAAAGGUUGUGGGUUGGAGAUUAGUGCAUGAGGAAAGUGGACUGAAGCUUCAAUGUUUGUGGAAAUUGAGAGAUUUUAAAUCUGGAGUUGAACUCAUCAAUAGGAUCUCUAAGGUUGUAGAGGCUGAAGGCCAUUUCCCAAAUAUCCACUUAGAACAACCAAAUCAAAUCAGAGCAGUACUAUGGACAGCUUCUAUUGGAGGAUUAAGUAUGAAUGAUUUCGUUGUAGCAGCAAAGAUAGGUGAAAUAAAGACAUCUGAUCUUGCCCCAAAGAAAAGAGUUUGGGCGUAAUUCUCCAUGAGCUCCAUAAAACAUUUUGCCACUAGAUUUUCUUUAACACAGAAUUGGCACUAAUGUGUGUUGUUUGAUGAAAUCUGUUAUUCUUUCUCUUCAUUUUUAUGUCUUGUACCUCCAAAGCCUCUGUACAUGUCGUGCAUGUGUCAUGCCUUUUUUUGUUUGGCAAAUGUAAUGACUCUAAGCAGUCAAAUUUCAAAAACUGUUGUAUACCAGCAAUUUAUAUAGAUGGCAAGUUCAACUAAGAA